AUGUCGCCUCCACACGCGAAGAAGACAAUCUCAGCAGCCGCAGUCUUCAUGAAUCAAUACAAGAAGUCGAGAAAAGACGAUGCCACAUUACGAGGAAAGUCGAGCGGUUCUAGAGAUGAAGUGGAGGAUGCUGAUGGUACUACGUUGCUUAGUUUUAAGCAGGGAGUUACAGAACAGAGGCAGUCAGACAUGCCACUAGCUAUGCUAUCUCAAGAAAUCAGCAAUCAGUACCACGAGCAGCUCGAUGAAACUGCCUCACUCGAAAUCAAAAAGACGCUCGGGGACGCCCUAAAAACCGUCAACGAACGCACACUGCCAGCCACAAUUCCCAAUGGCAACCAGCAAAAUCUCAACACCUCCCCAUUUAUAUCCCCCACAUCAGCGAAGUAUGGCCGUCCAGUCACCAAGCUCCAUCCGCCUCCCAUCUCACAAUUCAUACUGAGCCUACGCCACACCACCAGCGAAGGAAGAGUUAUACGCUUCCAACAAACACUCGAAGAGCGGAUGCAGAACUACAAAAAGCUCGUCGUGGCGCAGAAGGAAGAGCUAGCAACAUUGCAAAAAGAAUGGGAGACAGUCGUGGGCGAGGUGUGGAAACUGGGCACUGUGUGUCUAGGAGAGGAAACUAUGAAGGAGUUGUUGUUCACUGAGCCACGCUUCAAUGGUCUCUCAUACUAUCCCUGCCCUCUCUCCUCGUCGCCGUCUAGAGCCACAGAUGCUGAAUCCACACUCUUCGUUCCUGAGCAAGAUAGCUCACCGUUAGCGAAGAAAUCAAGGCCCUGCAAAAAACACGUAACCUUUCUCGACGAGGAAAUGUCUGAAGUAAACGAUGAGUAUACUGCGGCACCUACGAGCGAGUUCCCAGAAUUCAUAUACCAAGGUUCAGAUUACCAAGAAGAGGACUUUCCUACUAUUCCAACCCUACCGGAGAAAGAGGCCAAGGAAUUGAAUAUGAGGAUUGAGGACCUGGGAAGCAAGGAGAUUGAGGCGUUUCACAAGAUGAACGAGGAUCAUCAGGCAUUCUGGGAGAAGAAGAAGAAGAAUGCUCAGCUUGCUGGCGUACAGAAGGAGAACUGA